UGAGUCCGCGGGAGCCGCCGCCGCCGCUGCCGCCGCCGCCGCUGCCGCUGCCGCUGUCCCGUCCCCGCCGCCGCCGCCCCGCGCGGCCCCGCCGCCGGCCAGGAUGCUGGAAGAAGCGGGCGAGGUGCUGGAGAACAUGCUGAAGGCGUCGUGCCUGCCGCUCGGCUUCAUCGUCUUCCUGCCCGCCGUGCUGCUGCUCGUGGCGCCGCCGCUGCCGGCCGCCGACGCGGCGCACGAGUUCACCGUGUACCGCAUGCAGCAGUACGACCUGCAGGGGCAGCCCUACGGCACUCGGAACGCAGUGCUCAACACAGAGGCCCGCACCAUCGACGCGGACGUGCUGAGUCGCCGCUGCGUGCUCAUGCGGCUGCUGGACUUCUCCUACGAGCAGUACCAGAAGGCCCUGAGGCAGUCGGCCGGCGCCGUGGUCAUCAUCCUGCCGCGAGCCAUGGCCGCCGUGCCCCAGGACGUCAUCCGGCAAUUCAUGGAGACCGAGCCUGAGAUGCUGGCCAUGGAGACCGUGGUCCCUGUGUACUUUGCCGUGGAGGACGAGGCCCUGCUGUCUAUCUACGAGCAGACGCAGGCCGCGUCCGCCGCCCAGGGCUCCGCCUCCGCUGCCGAAGUGCUGCUCCACACCGCCACUGCCAACGGCUUCCAGAUGGUCACCAGCGGGGUCCAGAGCAAGGCCGUGAGUGACUGGCUCAUCACCAGUGUGGAGGGGCGGCUGACCGGGCUGGGUGGAGAAGACCUUCCCACCAUCGUCAUCGUGGCCCAUUACGAUGCCUUCGGAGUGGCCCCUUGGCUGUCACACGGUGCGGACUCGAACGGGAGCGGCAUCUCUGUGCUGCUGGAGCUCGCCCGCCUCUUCUCCAGGCUCUACACCUACAAGCGCACCCACGCCGCGUACAACCUCCUGUUCUUUGCUUCUGGAGGGGGCAAGUUCAACUACCAGGGAACGAAGCGCUGGCUGGAAGAUAACCUGGACCACACGGACUCCAGCCUGCUCCAGGACAACGUGGCCUUCGUCCUGUGCCUGGACACCGUGGGCCGCGGGGACAGCCUGCACCUGCACGUGUCCAAGCCGCCCAGGGAGGGGACGCUGCAGCACGCCUUCCUGCGGGAGCUGGAGACGGUGGCCACCCACCAGUUCCCGGAGGUGCGGUUCUCGAUGGUGCACAAGAAAAUCAACCUGGCGGAGGACAUCCUGGCCUGGGAGCACGAGCGCUUUGCCAUCCGCCGGCUGCCUGCCUUCACCCUGUCCCAUCUGGAGAGCCACCGCGACGGCCAGCGCAGCAGCAUCAUGGAUGUGAGGUCCCGGGUCGACUCUAAAACCCUGACCCGCAACACCAGGCUCAUCGCGGAGGCCCUGACCCGAGUCAUCUACAACCUGACCGAGAAGGGCACCCCCCCAGACAUGCCGGUCUUCACGGAGCAGAUGCAGAUCCAGCAGGAGCAGCUGGACUCCGUGAUGGACUGGCUCACCAACCAGCCCCGCGCGGCCCAGCUGGUGGACAAGGACGGCACGUUCCUCAGCACCCUGGAGCACUACCUGAGCCGCUACCUGAAGGAGGUGAAGCAGCACCACAUCAAGGCGGACAAACGGGACCCCGAGUUUGUCUUCUAUGACCAGCUGAAGCAGGUGAUGAAUGCCUACAGGGUCAAGCCAGCCAUCUUCGACCUGCUGUUGGCCGUCUGCAUCGGCGCCUACCUCGGGAUGGCCUACACGGCGGUCCAGCACUUCGACCUCCUGUACAGAACCGUUCAGAGACUGCUCGUGAAGGCCAAGACGCAGUGACGCCCCCGCCUGCCACCCCUCCCCACGCCACAGCCGGCCGGCACCCCGAAUUACAGAGCUUUUCGUGUUGCUCUUGAGGACUUGGGGGGUUCUUUCUCUUUUCUGUCCCGUGAACUCUAUGGGAGGAGCAUUUGGUGGAGGCCCCGGGGCCGGGCCCUGGACUUGGGGACAAGUCUGCGGACGAGCCCCCCGCCCCGGAGGCGACCCCCCAGCCCUCAGGGUUCACGGGCUGCAGGAUGACCAGAAAGGCGCCCGGCACGUCCCUCCUUUUGCCCGCGACGCUGACCGGCGACUGCAGGCUGAGGGGCAGGGGGCCGCCCCUCUCUGGCCCUGUCUGGCCUCACGCCGCCCCGUCCGCCUGGUGAUGUGGGUGCUCAGCCUCUUGUCUGCCGGGCAGCACCAGCCCAUCCCUCGGAGACUGGGUCCCCCGCCCUGGCCUCUCGCCUCGGGUGCGGCCUUGGAACACGUGUCCCCCGAGCCCCUGGCUUGUCACAGCCUCUGCCCUCCCGCCGUGCCCAGGGCACUUGAGCCUGUCCCUCGGGGACCCGGCUGCCCCGACGCCCCUGGGGCGGGAGACAGGCGUGGAGAGAGGAGGCACCCUAGCCCUCUGCCCCUUCCCUUGGGCUCUCUGGGCCUCGGUCUCCUCACCUGUGGAGUGGAGGCUGUGUUCUGGGGGCAGCCGGUGCCCCCGAGUCUGAGGACGGCAUCCAGGCUGGGGAUCGAGGAGAGCGUUUGCUGGAGGAGACGUGGCUGCCCUUCCCAGGACCUGGGACCUGGAGAGGAAGGUCUGGGCCUGAACCCCACAAAUCAGGCUCCUUGUAAGGGAAGGGUGUGGAGGGGGCCUCCAGUGCUGCUGAGAUUGAUCUCAGGGAGACCCAGGCGAACCGAUUCAUUAGCAAUAUAAUCAGUGAGGUGUUCUGUGCCGAGGGGAGGGUCAGGAUGAGGGAGGCUCUGGGCACCUGCCUCAGCCCCCAGGGAGGCCUUAACGGAGGGUCUGGAGAGCAGGGGGACCGCUCCCUCCCACGUGCCCCCCCCCCCCAGCCCCAGCCCUCCCCAGAAGCCAGCUCACCACCCACUGCAGGGACGGGCUCCCGGGGGCUGUGUCUCCGUGUCCACCUUGGGCCUCCUGCCUUCGCCAAGCCAGACCGUCCCUGUCCCAGCCCCCCAGGCACAGGGAGGGGCAGGUGUGGGGUCUACAGGCUCUCCUGCCUCUGCCCCCCUCCCCCCCACCUUGCCCUGCUGGGUGGCCUGUCUCCCCCAGAGACUGUUUACCGAGUGCCCAGCCAGCCCGGCCACCUCUGGGGGCAGGACUCGAGGACCGGUGUUGGCCCGUCUUCCUCACGUGUGCCUGCCCAGCGGGUGUCCCUCCUGCUGGGGCGGCCGUCAGGACUGCUAACUGUUCAGAGCUCAGGCUGGUUGGGGACGGACUUGGACGAUCAGAAAAUAAAGCCAUAUCGAAUGA